AUGUUCUAUGGUUCGCGAUGGACAAAUAAAAGAGUCUUAGGAAUGAAAAAUGAUUAUGAUGAUGGCCAGAUGUCACCGGUCGAUGAUGAAGAAAUUCUAAAUGUAGAAAGAGGCGAUUAUUUCCAUCCGAGUACUAAUAAGGAUGUUAUAAGAUUACAAAUGCAACAUUUUCUUCUUAGAUACAUCUGGGAAGGAAAUUAUUCGUCACCGAUCCAUGAUAAAUUUAUUGAUGGAGGUGUUAGAGUGUUGGAUAUUCAAUGUGGUUCCGGAAUCUUCAUUACAGAUCUAGCUACUGAGUAUCCGACAUCAACCUUUAUCGGUAUUGAUGAUGAUGAAGCUCGUGCUCGUAUACAAAUCGAAUUGCCAAAUGCUGAAUUCAUUCAUCACAAUGAUAUGUUAGAAGGGUUACCAUUCCCAGAUGAUACUUUUGAUUUAGUGAGCCAAAGACUUUUCACGACAGUAUCCAUUAAUAAAUGGGAAAUGUUUAUCUUUCCAGAAAUUAUUCGUGUAUUGAAACCGAAUUCAUAUUUUGAAUUUAUGGAAAUUCCAGUUUGGAAUAAUAUGGGCUCUGUGACGAAAGAGAUACUGAAAUCCUACGACGAAUAUUUAGAAACAAUAAAUGUUUACCAUACGGAACCUCUCUUAUUAGAACAGAUUAUAAAACGCUCAGGACUCGUAAAAAAUGUUAAUUGUUGUUCAAAAACUACUCAUUUAUGGAAAGGAAUGAUCGGUCAAUUGCUUUUUCGAAAUCAACUUCAAAAAAUUGAAUCACAUAAAUCUGGUCUAUGUGCAUAUUUGAAAAUAAGCGAAAAGCAAUUUGACAGUAUGUUAGAAACGAUGCAAGAUGAAAUAGUAAACUAUAAGAGCUCCCUCACAACUUAUAG